ACACACACACACACACACACACACACACACACACAAUUUAUUCCACCACUCCCUUCUUACCUUCCCUGUAAAGAUUGUCUCCAGUGUCCAGUGUGUCAGUCUGUAGGUGAAGCGCCAUGAGGAAACUGUUGCUGCUGCUCGGGCUGACGGCCUUCUGUCUCUGUGCAUUUGUCGCCGCUGACGAACAACCCAACCGACAGGCAGACAAAUCAUCCCUGAAGGAGGAUGGCGUUCUACAGCUGAAGAAAGGGAAUUUCAACAGGGCACUGAAGAAGUAUAAACAGCUGCUGGUGCACUUCUACGCUCCUCUGUCUGGAGAAGGCCAUCGUAUCUCAGCAGCGUUUGAAGGUGCUGCUGCAGAGCUGAAGGGGUCAGAGGUCAAACUGGCUGUAGUGGAUGUGGCAAAGGAGAAAGAGCUGGCCAAAGAACUCAACGUGACGGGCUUCGCCACAAUCCUGCUUUACAUUUCUGGAGAUAAACUCAACCCUGUACUCUGUCCUGUUCCUCAGAGCUCGGCCUCUAUCUUGACCUGGCUGAAGAGGCGCUCUGGGUCUGCUGAUGACCUCAUUGCUGAUCUUAGCCAAUCAGAGGCCUCAGAGGAGCUGACGGUGGUUGGAUUCUUCAAAGAGCUGAACAGCGAGUACGUCCAGAUGUUUUACGCGGCAGCGACCGACCUUCCUGACAUUAACUUUGCUGUGACACAGAACAAUGACGUUAUCAGCAAAUAUGGUCUCACACAUGAUGUUGUACUGCUGUUCAAAAAGUCUAAGCUCAUCCAGGCUUACAAAAUGAUGCCUGAGACAUCUAAAGAGAUGCUGAUCGUUUUUAUCACCGUCUACCAGAUGGAGCCAGCCACUGAGUACACCGGACAGACAUCCACUCAGAUACUAACCUCACCUGUGUUAAACCAUGCCCUCCUGUUCGUCAACACGAGCUCUGCUGACUUUAAAGAGAUCCACUCUGCUUUUACCAGCGCCGCAGAAGCAUUCAGGUUAAAGAUGUUGUUUGUGUGGGUGAACGUGGAUGAGCCUCGUAACGGCAGGCUGAUGGAGUACUUCCGUGUUCGGGAGUUUGAGGCUCCUCUAAUACGGAUGGUCAACCUUACAGACCAUGUGACCUAUCACCUGCCUUCUGACACUCUGGAUGAACAGACCAUAAAAACGUUCUGCCAGUCCUACCUAGACGGCAAGGCUAAGCCAAAGAUGCAGAGUGAGCCGAUACCUGAAGGAUGGGACACACAGCCGGUGAAGGAGCUGGUGGGGAUGACUCUGGAGAAAGUGGGCUUUAACCCUGACAACACUGUUUUCGUCAUGUUCUGUACGUGUGUGUGUGUGUGUGUAGAUGCUCCAUGGUGUGGACACUGUAAGAGCCUGGAUCCUAUUUGGGUUGAGCUAGGCGAAAAGUACGCCGACAAAGAUGACCUCAUCAUAGCCAAGAUGGACGCCACAGCCAACGAGGUGGAGUCUCUUUCCAUUGAGGGAUUCCCAACACUCAAAUACUUCCCAGCUGGUGGCAAAGAGGUGGUCAACUACAGUGGAAACAGAGAUCUGGAGACAAUGUCUAAGUUCCUGGAUAAUGGAGGAGUGUUGCCUGAGGAAGAAGGUGAUGAUGAGGAAGAUGAGGAUGACGACGAAGGAGAAGUCGUUGUUGAUGAGGAGGCUGAUGAUUCUGCAGAGGUACCGACAAACAACACAUCUAAGGACGAGCUGUGAUGUCACUCUGGUUUUUGGCCAAUCAGGAUCAACCUAGCACAUUCCAAUUUUUCAUAAUAAAAUUAAUUUGGAUCACAAUCAUGUGAUGAAGAUACUUAUGACUAUUUUGAAUGAGCUUUAAACUCAGGUUAGAUUUGUCAUAAGGUUUGAUUCAAAACUUGAUUUUCUACAAAACUGUGUGUAUAUUAGAUUUAAUCUUUCUAAAGUUCUCAGGAAUGACAGUUUAACCCUUCUAUGUAAUAAGUCAGUUACAUAGUUAAUUUAUCUUAAUCAUUUGAGUGAUGACAUUUGAGUGAUACAAUAACAUACAUAAAUACAUGUACUAGGUAGUUAAUAUGUGAUACAUUAAUCAGAAGCGUUCACUUGUGCCAUUAAAGUCUACAAUAUCAGAACUUCUGCAAGUGUCAACUAAUUAGGGACAUUAUUAAUAGAAAGAUAUUUGAGG